AGAGAGAGAGAGAGAGAGAGGAAGAGAGGGAGCUUUCUCCUCUUUUUUCAGUUUGUUUAGUGAAAGAGUGAAAGAGAACAAGAGAAGAAGUGAGGGAUGCAGAGUGAAACUUGAAUAGCUUUCAUUUGGACUGUAAUAUUUAUCUUAGUAGAGGACGCAGAGCGGAGCUCCCUGAUUCAGGUGAAUGAGACUGUAUUUAUCUGUGUGGACCGUAUCGUACCGCUGGGCUAACCAUGUCAGAGAGCAUCGUCAGGAAGGUCCAACCCUUCACCAUCAGAACCAGGCUGUCCGUCUCUGGACCUGCCACCAGGUCUAAAGGUCCAGACUUCCCCCAGCAGAGCGGGACUCUGGGUAAUAUCACCCUGCAGACCAACCUCCACGACCGGGUCUCCCUCUACCUCAGCCAGGUGCAGGUGUGUAUGACUGCUCCUCAUCUAGUUCCCCUCGCUAACCGGACCACCCCAACACCUGUACCUGUCAAACAGCAGCAUGAGGACCACCGGAACCAGAACGCCAUGUCUGAGUCUCGGAGCGCUGUCUCUCCUGUCUCCGUCUCUCCUACCACCGCAUCCAGAUCCAUCAGGAAGAUCACCAUCUCUGGGAGUCCAGAGGAGGAGGACAGCUCCUGGAGGAGACAGGAGGAGUCAGACCACAGGGUGGUCAUUGAGAAGGAGGACAGCUCCUGGAGGAGACAGGAGGAGUCAGACCACAGGGUGGUCAUUGAGAAGGAGGACAGCUCCUGGAGGAGACAGGAGGAGUCAGACCACAGGGUGGUCAUUGAGAAGGAGGACAGCUCCUGGAGGAGACAGGAGGAGUCAGACCACAGGGUGGUCAUUGAGAAGGAGGACAGCUCCUGGAGGAGACAGGAGGAGUCAGACCACAGGGUGGUCAUUGAGAAGGAGGACAGCUCCUGGAGAAGACAGGAGGAGUCAGACCACAGGGUGGUCAUUGAGAAGGAGGACAGCUCCUGGAGAAGACAGGAGGAGUCAGACCACAGGGUGGUCAUUGAGAAGGAGGACAGCUCCUGGAGAAGACAGGAGGAGUCAGACCACAGGGUGGUCAGUAUAGGACCAGGACGACCCCCUAUCACAGGGACCCCCAGAUCAGAAAACAUCAUCAUCAACAACAACAACAACAACAACAACAUCAGCAGCUCCAAGCCACAGAUGCCCCGGAUACUGGGAGUCACCUGUGAGAACAAAGCCAGCUCACAUUUUAAGGACCAUGGCAGCGUGUUUGAGUUCCUGCAGACGUUGGGGCCCAGAGCGAGGUCUCCAAGGAAAGACAGAGAUGCUGUGACCGUAGUGGUACCCCAGAAUGACAGCUACACCCAAUGCACUUCCCUCUUUAACCAGGAAGUACUACAGGCAGAGAUGUGGAUCGUUGGGAAGCAGCAGGAACUGAAGGAGGGCUGUAACAUCCAGAGGGACCUCAAAGACUUUGAGAACACCUUCAUCCAACUCAACCAGACAGGAGAGGUGCUGAACUCCAAACUGAACCCCUCCUCUGACCUGGUGAAGAAACAGCUGAGCCAGCUCAGGGACCAAUGGCAGGCACUGAAACAGACAGCAGCCAAUCAGCACAGGGCACUGGGUGGGACCAGGAACCUGGAGGAGUUCAACAGGAAAGUAGACAAACUGGAGGCCUGGAUUAAAGAGAAGGAGGAGGAACAGUCCCUGAUGAAGGUCCUGGGAGAGAAUACUAACAAACUACAUCUGACCAGGAAGGUCCUAGACCUCAAACAGGACGAGCAGCUGUACAGGACUCUCCAUGAGGAAAUCAACCACCUGGCCCUGAAACUGGAGAAACAGGGGAGGGCGGAGGGCAAGAACAUCUCUACCAGGAGGAAACACGUCAACAAGAUGUGGUUGAAGGUCCAUUCCCUCCUGAAGGACUACCAUGAAAACCUUCAGCUGGCUCUGGAGGUCUCCUCCUUCUACCAACAAGCUGACAACACACUGUCUGCCAUCAAAAACAUGGAUCUGGAGAGUAGUGGAGGCAGAGAGAUUCGGGGCAUAGCCAGCCAAAUCAUGAUGCUGGAUGUGACAGUCUCUCAGCUCUCGAACCUUCACCCAGUCCUGACUGUCAAGGUCACACAGAAACAGACGGAGGUCAAGGACUGCUGGAGCCUGCUGCAGAAAGUUGUCAGGAACCACGGACUCACUCCCUCUCCUCUUGGCUCCCGAACCACGCUGCCGCCCUCCCUCGCCCCCUCCCCUCUUGGCUCCCGAAUCACGCUGCCGCUCUCCCUCACUCCCUCUCCUCUUGGCUCCCAACCACGCUGCCGCCCUCCUCGCCCCCUCCUCUUGGCUCCCCGAAUCACGCUGCACGCCCUCCUCACUCCCUCUCCUCUUGGCUCCCAAACCACGCUGCCGCCCUCCCUCACUCCCUCUCCUCUUGGCUCCCGAACCACGCUGCCGCCCUCCCUCACUCCCUCUCCUCUUGGCUCCCGAACCACGCUGCCGCCCUCCCUCACUCCCUCUCCUCUUGGCUCCCGAACCACGCAGCCGCCCUCCCUCGCCCCCUCCCCUCUUGCCUCAGGGUUCACCAGGGAAGACGGAGACUCCCUGACCCAGACCAUAGAACGCCAGGGCAGCGUGGGAACUGAGCCACACAGGAUCAUGGAAAAGGAGGUGAAGGAAGAACAGAACAGGCUGAAAGGCUGUAUGAGCCUUGGACAUUACUGUGGCCCUGCACCUUCCCCCCUGAGCCACAGAGCCUGCAUGGAUGAUGUCAUCAUAGCAAGAAAAGACUCAGACUUUGAAAGCAGGACAAAGCAGUCUGGAGCCCACCCACAGCUGGAGCCCCGGCUGCAGCCUGAAGCCACUCCGUCCCGGCAAGGCCAACCAAAGCUCCGCCUACAGAUCCCAGAGCCCUACACCAACCUCCAAUCAAGCCUAAAACCGCGCCCAUAUUACCAGAUGCAGCUCCAGAAGUUCACUGUUUCUGCAGACAAGACCCUGUCCUGGCUGAAGGACAACGUUGCCAUGGCGACUCAGGUCUGCUCUAUUGCCGUUUCAGAGGGUUUAAUGGCAGCCAGAAAGUGUCAAGACAUCCUAGAACAAGAGAUAAUUGACUACAGUGCCCGGACAGAGGUGGUCAAAAAGGAGGGUAGAGGGUUAAUCAGAGCCCAGCACCCUGGCAGCUCUAACAUCCAGGAGUUCUUGAUUCGGCUGGAGGAGUUAUGGGAGGAGCUAAGGAGACGACAUCAUAGGAACCAGGUCUACCUGCAGGCAGGGGAGGAUAUGAGCUUUAGGAGAGUGCAGCUCCUCCAGGCCCUGGGUAGUAUCGAAGCCUGGUUGGAGGCGGUAGAGCUGUCCAUGUCUAACUCCCAGCUGGCAGGAGACACGGAGACCGUGAGGCUGGCUGAGAGAGAGAUCUGCCUGCUCCAGACAGAGCUGUCCUCCCGGGGAAUGGAGCUAGCAGCACUCAGACAGGAGAUGGACAGGCUGGGUGGUCAGCAGGAGGGUCAGGGCCCAGGAUACCCCAACACUGAGGGCCUCCCAGAUUAUAUGGACCAGGUGGAGAGAAAGUACCAACGUGUUCAGACUGCGUUGACCCAGCAGAGUUCGUCGCUGCAGGACACCAGGAUGCUGACAGAGUUUCUGGAGAGGGUGGAGGUGGAGUUAGAGGAGAGGGUGGAGCUAGAGGAGAGCCAGGAGGCCAGGGGGAGGGGCUACAGCAGUAACCUUGGACAGCCUCUCCACAGUGAGAUCAUCUCAGCUCUUUCCCUGCUGGGUGAUGGGGGUGGAAGUGGUGGUGGGGAGCCCCUGAUGGAGCUGCUGGGGAACCCUGUACAGGAGCUGCAGGAGGCAGUGGAGAUGUUGAAUGACACGGUCAGAGAGAGAGGACGAUCACAGAAUCACAUCCAUGAUCAAGCCAUCCAGACCGUGAUCGGACAGCUGGCUGUGCUGUCAGUGCGUGUGGAGGACUGUCUGUGCUGCAGUAGGGAGCUGAACCUGGACCUCCUGCAGAGAGAGACGGACAUGGCCUUGUGCUGUGAACAAGACGACAGUGGACUAGAGGGGCUGGAGGAGCAGCAACAUCACCUAGAGGUUGACUAUGCUGUACUGAAGGAAGAAGUGGAGGAGCUCCAGAGACAGGCUGGUUGUCUGGAGGAGCUAUGCCCAGAGAGAGUGUCCGUCCUGGGGGUGGAGGUGCAGGGAGCCCUGGGGGUUUGGAGGGAACUAGGGAAGAACGUAGAGGAGAACAGAGACAGAUUACGACAGUUUGUUCACCUGCAGGACUUCUUCAGGACCUACCUGGCCAUGAUAUCGUGGAUGGAGGACACCCGGGAGUGUAUUUUCUCGGAGAGAGUGUUGCAUUGUGGGAGGGACGGCCAGGAGCCAGUGGCUGCAGAGAUGGAGAUGGACGUGCAGAUAGACAGGAAGUUGGAGGAGUUUGAGGAGCUGGUUGCUGCAGGGAGGAACCUGCUGAACGCUGAGCACCACCUGGCCAACAUGAUCCGUGAGCGUCUGGAAGAGUUGAAGUCCAUGCUGGGAUGGAUUCUGGUCCACUGGAGAGACCAGAAACACCAGAGGAGUCUACGCAGGAAGAAGAAGACUGAAUCUAAUGAAGAUAUUAUCUACUCUCAGCCCCCAACAAAGCAGACUACUGGAGAUAUCUACUCCACUAGAGACAACAUCUACUCAGAGAGCACAGUAGAGUCCACUAGAGAUAACAUUUACACAAACACUGUACCAGAGUCCAUUAUAGACAACAUCUAUGUCAACACCAAAGCAGAGCCCACAGCAGCAGAUACCUACACAUAUGCUACAGCCUGCUCCCCCGACAGUACCCCUGCUCAGCCAGAGACCCACCAUCCCCCUACACUGAGUGUCUUUGAGGACAGAUUGAGGACAAUAGACAGUCUGUCAUGUUGGGAGGACCUAGAGGAGGGCUACCAGGUGAUGAGCAGCAGCACACGGCCUCCAGGGGACAGCGGCUUCACCUCUCCUCCAGAAACCCACCAAUACCCCGGCCUGGUCUUCAAAGAGCCCAGCAGACCAGCCCUCUGCCUGGAGUGCACCUCAGUCAACAGCAGCCCUGGGGUUAGCCUGGUGGGCCAGUGGGGAAUGGUCAGCCCUGGGGUUAGCCUGGUGGGCCAGGGGGGAAUGGUCAGCCCUGGGGUUAGCCUGGUGGGCCAGGGGGGAAUGGUCAGCCCUGGGGUUAGCCUGGUGGGCCAGGGGGGAAUGGUCAGCCUAGGCGGCACCGUCAAGACCAGCCUUGGAGGCAGUGUGGACCUGGGGGGCACUAUCAAUCUCAUCCUCAGCCUGGGGAACCAUGGAGACAGCCAUGUGGAGGUGCUGGAGGCUAGUCCUAGAGUGGGUGAGGAGGAAGAGAGCACAGAGCCUGUCCACAGGCCAAGUAAAAGCUUUUGGAGGCGCUGCCAGGUUCUGUUGGAAAAUACUCUGGGUAGUUUAAAGAGAAAGAUUUAUCGGCAGAGUGCAGACGAGGACAACAACAUGACCUCAGCUCCUGUAUAUGAGAGUGUUUUACUGCCCCGCUUCCACACCAAGACCUCCUCCUCGUCAUCCCCCUCCUCCUCCUCCUCCUCCUCAGGGCCUCCUCAUCCCGACGUCUCUAUCUCCUCCUCCCUGCCCAGGAGCACCUCCUUCUUCUCUAGUCUGAAGAGAAGGAGCAGGAAGAGAGACCCUAGCCGCCACACCAUUCAGAGAAUAAUGUUUGUAGAGGGGGAGGAGCAGACAGAGGUGGCAUGUCCUGCUGAAGCUGCACCCCAGCCAAUCACGCUGUACGAAACCCAGACCUGGCCAACGAAGGAGGGCCGAAGGAAGAAGAAGAGCCAAUUAAAGGCUGAGGGGGUCGGGCCAGGGCAGGGGGUGAAGCUCAUGGACUACAUGGAUAAUCCAUUGGCCAGGGAUAUUGAUGAUGAAUGUUCUGGGGUCUACACUGUCAGCCCCUAUGCAGUGACAGAGGCAGUCUCUCUAGCUCCACCUACUGGCCAGGUGAGGAGCCACUGCAGGUUCCUGUCACUGGGGUCUGUUUUGACCUUCGACCUCCCCAAAGACAUGAGGCUGGUCCCCAGUAUACAGGACAUCAUCACUAUAGGACCCCCAGAACACAGGGGGACCCCCAACCCAGAGACACACACAGCCCUCAGCUCUUUCAAACAGACCCGCUCGCCCCCCUCUCACCCUUUAGCUGGACCCCCUUCCUCAAAAACACAGACUUGCUCUCCUACCUCCCCUCCCUCAGACACACACAGAACACCAGACAAUGAGGCCGUCACUACUGACAGACAUGAAACAAUGACACAGACACUGACACAACCACAGAUACAGACACAACCACUACUGACACAACCACAGAUACAGAAACAACCACUACUGACACAACCACAGAUACAGACACAAACACUACUGACACAACCACAGAUACAGACACAACCACUACUGACACAACCACAGAUACAGACACAACCACUACUGACACAACCACAGAUACAGACACAACCACUACUGACACAACCACAGAUACAGACACAACCACUUACACAGACACCGACACAGAUACUGAAACAGACAAAGCCACUGACACAGGCUAUUCAGCUGGAGCCUCUGUUUAAUCUAGAUAAAGAUUUUCCUCUUCCUCCUCCUCUUGCCCUGGAUGAGGACUGGGAUCAGAACGGACCAAGCGAUGACCUAUCCCUAUCACAGAUCCAGACCAUACCAAGCGAUGACCUAUCCCUAUCACAGAUCCAGACGGAACCAAGCGAUGACCUAUCCCUAUCACAGAUCCAGUUCAGUGUCUCUGGGAUCGUCAGUCUACACCAGGAGUCUGAGCAGGAGUGGGCGGAGCUUGUCUCCAGCAAGCAACCACCAAUCACAGCUUAUGUUCCAAAGAGUCCCGUUCCAAAGAAACAAGACCAUUACAAUUACAUGGAAAGGGCCAUGGUUAGUAGAAGUCCCGUUGUAAAGAACAAGUACCCCUGUCCCUCCUCAGCCUAUCAGAACCAUGAGAGCAAAGACCCCUGUCCCUCCUCAGCCUAUCAGAACCAGGAGAGCAAAGACCCCUGUCCCUCCUCAGCCUAUCAGAACCAUGAGUGUCUCAUUCAGGACCUCAAUGGACACCAGUACCAUCAGAGGUUAAAGACCCAUAGAGAGAGUCUUGACCUCCAGAAGACCAGCCAGGCUUCUCAGAUGGUGGUGAAUCUGAAGACCAGUGGGUCAGGGAGUAUGAGGGAAGACGCUAUAGACUCUGGCAUCUCUGGUGUCUCCAACUCUGGGAGAUUGAAGCUCAAUGCUACUGAUGUUUCCCAAGAGCCCAAGCCCAAGAGGACCGUGAUGGGGAGGCUAGUGUCUCUGGAGGUUGUGUCCAAACCCAGGGCAGACCCCGCAGCAGCUCCAGCUCCUGCCCACCCAGAGAAAGAAACACCACCCAGAAACAAACACCCCGACCACCAGACAGAGACAGACCUCGACUCUGACCCGGUCCACCCUGACCCCAACCUCAUCAUCCAUCCAGACCACCAGCAGUUUGAGGAGUCAGAGGAGGAGCUGGAGGACAUCUGGAACCAUAGCGAUGGCUACAGACAGAGUAUCUCCUCUGACAUCAUGUACCAGCCACACCAAGAGGAGGAGGAAGGGGGAAGUAGCAACACCCCAGGACUGACCACAGACACCCAGAACCAGGCCCAGCCCCAGGCUCCCCCCUACAGAAAGCUGAUAACAGCCUCUGCCCCUAACCUUCUGGUGGCUGAAUUCACACUCCCCUCCUCCUUCCAAACCCUACUGGGGUACAACCAGGGCCAGAACCAGGACCAGGGCUUCAGCCGAGAUCCUGACCCCAGAGAAGAGAUCCCUACCCUGGCUAACAGAGACAGGAGGUCCUGGGCAGCCUUCCCUAACCAGGACCAACCCUGGAGGACCACAGCACUGGUCAAUGAGACGGCAGCAGACCCAGUCAAGCUACCGGAGAUAGAGGACCAAAAGAGAUAUAUCUACCAGUAUAGAGAGGAGGAGGAGGAAGAGGAGGAUGAGGAGGAGAAGAUGGAGGACACAUACUGUCCAAAGGACACAUCAAUGAGCCUGCGGUGUGUCGACAUGGGUCUGGACAGAGCCAAUCAGCGAGCUAGAAGUUGUGGCACUCUGGAGGGCGUCAUGGAGAAGCAGAAUGGGAGUGGGUCUGAGCUGCAGAGGAUGGAGGGAACCCUGGAGCGGAAGCACAAGCUGCAGCUGGGAGGGAAGAAGAGCUGUGGUCUGUCUGUAAACCUGACGGGAGCAGAGUGUGUCCCAGCCCCAGAAUACACAAAGAAACCCCAGUGUUUCAGUCUGCGGUUAAGAGACGGGUCAGAGUACCUCCUCAACACAGCAUCCCGAUUCAUGAUGAAGAAAUGGAUGGUGAAAAUACAAGCCAACACUGUGCCCAGUGAGCAUGUCUCCUCCAUGACGUCACCCAGCAGCCCCUUGGUUCAGGACCCCCCUUCCCCUGUCACCACUUCUUCCCUCUCCAGAAGUCCUCACACAGGAACAGCCAGAGCCAAGGAGAUAGUUGUCCUGACCAGAGAGACUUACCCUCAGAUCCGUCAGUGGCACCCAGGGAAACAGCCGGACCCAACAUCCUCCUCACAUACAGGCAGUCGUGAAGAUAACUAUGACCCCCUGAGACAGAGUCCAUUCUCCCUCCACACCUCCUCCUCCAUCCCUCCUUUCUCCCUCCACUCCUCCGUCUCUCCUCCUUCCUCUUCCACUGUCUCCAGAGGUGGUCAAGACUGGCUCAGUCAAGUGAACAAGCAUCGCUCUCACUCCUUUACCUCUGCAAGGUACCAGAAGAUUAAACCAGUGUUGCUGGCCCCAGGCCGGGACUACGGGUCAGUGGGUUUGGGUCGGGACUGUGGGUCAAACUACUCAGUGACUCUGGUUAUAGGAGACAAGCGGUCUGACGCUUCUCCCACUAUCAGUUGUGAUGGUAGUGGUCCGUCUAACACUGAACCACACCACCCCCUGCUGGAUGGAUGGCAGCAACACUCAUGUCACCAGCAUCAAGCUACGUACCACCACUACCAGGACUCGGACCAACAGGAUCCAUCUCUGAGGGCCUGCACCAGUCUGCCUCGGCCACGCAAGAAGUCUGUCUUCAAGAAGUUCUUUGGGAAGAAAGACUGAAGCUGUCAUGAUCAAUCAAUCACGUAGUUAUUAAGCCCUUUUUCCUUUACAGUCCUUUCUUGUCCUACAGCGGAGUUAUAAAGUUAAGGACUGAAGUUAUCAUAGCAGCACGUCUGAACUCUGACGUCUAUGUGAGGGCUGCUGUACCAAGCAUUUUUACUCUAUAAGGAUUUGAAACCAAGCAAGCUUUGUGUAUUAAUGUGUGGCGCAUAUUUCAAUAUCUGUGGAGGAGAUGAAUGGAGACCUGCUUUGUGUUUGAACCGUCCACGUGUGCUGCUAGUUUAGGAUGUGUGUGAGAUUUGUAUAGUUGUUUCUGCACUGCAUAGUGACAGAUUUGAUGUCUUAUUAAAGACCAAUCAUCCUUC